GAUAUUAUUUCAGUUUAUUGACAGCUCUUGAAGCAUACAGUCAAUUUUAUGGCUGCUUAAGUUUUCUUUCCAUAAAAAAGACAAAUAUACUAAAUCGAAAAUGAAAAUAAGCGAUUUCAACUGGAUUUCGAUUUUAUUCAUUCAUUUGUUCCUACGGACCAUUGACAUUAGUACAAUGGCUUAUAGGCAUUCGAGCAACAUCCCAAAAGAUGUAUUUCCACUGAGUUUAAUUCACCUAAACGAUUUCCAUUCGAGAUUUGAAGAAACAAACAAAUAUGGACUGGAUUGCAAAAGAGAGGAAAGAGAAGACUGUAUCGGCGGAUAUGCGCGUGUUGUUGCAGUGGUCAAGGAAUUACAGCGAACGGGUUCAAAUACCAUUUACCUUAAUGCCGGAGACAACUUUGCUGGAACCAUCUGGUACACAUUCGGCCGAUGGAACGUAACAAGUCAUUUUCUUAAUUUGUUAAGAGCCGAUGUUAUGACAUUGGGUAAUCAUGAAUUUGACCAAGGUCCCAAAGAAUUGGCUUCAUUCCUGGACACGAUUCAAACUCCAAUUGUGCUGGCAAAUAUUGAUCUAAAUGAUGAAGUACAGCUGAAAGGAAAAUUCAAAAAUUCAAUAAUACUAAAUCGAGGGAAUCGAAGAAUUGGAAUAAUCGGACUAAUUUCAAGCAACACAAAUUUAGAAUCGAAUACGGGGAACAUUAUAUUUCUAGAUGCUGUUGAAACAGUACGUCGUGAAGCUAAUAAGUUGGAGGCCGAAGGAGUCAACAUAAUUGUUGUAUUAUCGCAUUGUGGCAUUGAUGUUGAUUUUCAGAUAGCCCGAGAAGCAGGCUCAAAUGUAGAUGUAAUUGUUGGCGCACAUUCCCAUACUUUCAUGUACAAUGGCGAUCCGCCAGGAGUUGAUUCUCAAAAAUACAAUUAUCCAGUUGUGGUUGAACAGAAUAACGGUCACAGAGUUUUGAUUGUUCAAGCCGCAUCCUUUGCUAAAUAUGUUGGAAAUCUCACGGUGUAUUUCAAUGAAUUGGGUGAAGCAACACGAUGGGAGGGACAGCCUGUAUAUCUUGGGCCAAACGUUCAACAAGAUGAACAGAUUCUAAAUGAAUUGAUACCAUGGAGAGAAAAAUAUCAAAAUAAAAAAGAAGAGCCAAUCGCAGAAACAUCCAUUGUAUUGAACUAUACGAGUUGUUGGUAUGACGAAUGUCUUAUGGGAGAUUUUCUCACAGACGCUUAUUUGCAUUCGUAUCGUAAAACAACAAAUGAUAGUGGUACAGCAGUGGCUUUUGCACAGGGAGGUGGCAUCCGUGCAACUAUACAAAAGGGAUCAAUAACAUUCGGAGAUUUGAUUAUGGUUCAACCAUUUAACAACAGAGUGGACUCAUUCGAUUUAUUGGGCCAGUAUAUUUGGGACGCAAUCGAAUAUAGUUCCACGAAUAUUCACGAUAAAAACACAAAUGAAAAGCAUAUGCUGCAAAUAUCGGGUAUGAAGAUUGUGCUAAAUGCUACAGAAUUGAGAGGACAUCGAGUUGUUUCAAUAAAUAUAUUUAAUGAAUUGUUCCAAUAUGAACCGAUAGAUGUUAAUCGAUCAUAUCGAGUCGUUGCCACCGACUUUUUAGCUGCCGGUGGUAACGGAUACUCAAUGUUUGCAGAGCAUAGGCAAAACUAUAUUCCUGGAGAAGCAGACAUUGAUGCGCUUACGAAUUACAUGAAAUUUAUUCAAAAGGUAGAAAAGGUGGACGUUGGACGAAUAGUUGUUUUAAUCUGAGCCCAUGAAUUCAAUGCACUUAUGGAAUAAUCAAUGUAAACGAAUAUUAUGUAAAUUGCAGAGCAAAUAAACACUUUUAAAAUA